AUGUUGACGUUCGUUGUGCUGUUAGUUGUCGCUGGUGCAGUGAAGUCACUAACAGUGGAGGAGUAUCUCGCCAAAGCAGUGCCGGAAUAUGCCACAAAACUGACAGGACAGGCCUACGUUGACUACAUUAAUCAGCAUCAAUCCUUCUACAGGGCUGAAUAUUCACCACUGGCUGAACAGUAUGCCAAAACUGUGAUGAGUUCCGAGUUUGUGACGAAACCGAACCAAAAUUAUGUGGUGAAGGACGUAGAUUUAAACAUCGAACUCCCAGAAACCUUCGACGCAAGGGAGAAAUGGCCAAACUGCAGAUCAAUAAGGACAAUUCGCGAUCAGUCCAAUUGUGGAUCAUGUUGGGCAGUAUCAUCGGCGUCGGUAAUGUCAGAUCGUUUAUGCAUACAGUCGAACGGCACAAUACAGUCAUGGGUUUCUGCAACGGAUAUUCUAUCAUGUUGCAAGAACUGUGGACGGGGAUGUUAUGGAGGUAGUGCGUUUUCGGCGUUCGUUUUCGCGCAAACGGAAGGUGUAUGCACUGGAGGACCCUACAGAGAGCCAAACGUGUGCAAACCAUACGCCUUCUAUCCAUGUGGUCAGCACCGAAACCAGAACAAUUUCGGACCUUGUCCAGAGGGGAAAUGGCCCACUCCAAAAUGUCGGAGAAUGUGUCAACUGAAGUAUAAUGUGAUCUACGAAGACGAUAAAAUUUACGGGAAGGCUACUUACCACAUACCUAACACUGAGACACAAAUCAUGCAAGAAAUUUUCACAAAUGGACCUGUAGUGGGAUCAUUCAGCGUGUAUGGUGACUUCGAGCACUACAAGGAAGGAGUAUAUGUGAGCAAUGGAGUUCAGCCGAAAGGCAUUCAUUCGGUCAAAAUUAUUGGUUGGGGAGUGCAUAAUGGUCUAAAAUAUUGGUUGAUUGCUAAUUCUUGGAACAUUGACUGGGGAGACGAAGGAUAUGUGCGUUUCCUUCGUGGAGUUAACCACUGUGGAAUCGAAACAUCAGUCGUGACAGGACUUAUGAGAGUGCGAAACAAUAACUAG